AUGACGAAAUUGGUGCGCAAACUCAAGCAGAUGGCCAAGAAGCGGGCCCAUCGCAAAACCGUGCUGAAGCGAAAGGUGGAGCGGGCACAAAGGGAUAUUGAGGAGAGUGAGAGGCUAAAGAAGGAGCGGCUGGAGCUUGAGACCGACCUUGAGAUGCACCGCCUCAAUUAUGGCGAGGAGGAUGCCGAAAUGAAGAAGCGGCUUGUGCGGUUGGUGGGAAAUCUUGUUCUGGAGGCCCCGCAACGGAAAUCAAAGAAGCAGGGUAGUCGCAAGCAGAUGAGGCGAAAGGAUAAGCAGAAGGAACGUGGCCAGGCUGUCGUGGCUCAGCUGGAGAAGAAGUGGAAUACGAAGAAGCGACGAGUGAAGCAGAGGGCUCAGAUACGCAACGAAGAUCUUCAUAAUUAA